GUUUAUGAGUUUGCAAGAUAUUCAUUUCAUAUAAUUUUUUUGUUUGUCAUCAAAUUAUUAUUAUUUUUUUAAUUUUACGUAUUGAUGGCGGCAUCAAAAUCUGUUGUAUUAGCAUUUGUAGAAGAAUGUGAUCCAGAAGAGGAACUUCGAAGCUGCAUUUUUCCAAGUAAAGUCGGUGGUUGUCCUGCUUGGCUUCGUUUAAAAAAUUUGCCUAAUCGAUCAGAUAUUUUGUGUAAAACAUGUGAUAAACCAUUAAUUUUCUUGCUACAAAUCUAUUGUAACAUAGAUGAAGUUGAGUCCGCCUUUCAUCGUACAUUCUUCUUAUUUAUAUGUGCCAAUGGAAAAUGUUAUAAACGAUUUGAUAAUCAAAGUUUUGUUGUCUUCAGAAAUCAGCUUCCACGUUUAAAUGAAUUUUAUUCUUACGAUGCUCCUGACUAUAAAAGUAAAAAAUCACCAUCAGAUCCCUCAGCCGACAAAUAUCAACCAUUAUGUUCCAUUUGUGGUUGUGUAGCAUCAUUAAAAUGUCAGGAGAGUCAAGAAUUUAAUUAUUGUUCUGAGAAUCACCGUGAUUAUGAUAAGGAAAGAAAUUUCCAAAAUGGCGGUGCAAAAAAUAGUAAAAAAACUAAAUCAAAGCGGGAAAAAGCUAAAAAACAGUUUGUGCUACCUGAAUAUGAGCUUAUCUUUGAAACUGAAGUUUUGCCAUCUACUCAAACUGAGAAAUCCGAUGCAGAAAAAAUGAAGGAAUACAGACAGUUUAUGCAGUCAACUAAAGCUCCUAAUGAGAUGCAAGAAAUGCCUCUUGAUGAUUUGGAUAGUGUCAUGAAAAGAAAUGAUAAGGCUUUUAAUAAAUUUCGAAAGAGGAUAAGUUUGGAACCAGAACAAGUGUUACGUUAUGAAAGAGGAGGAACUCCACUGUGGGUGUCUGCAGAGCAUGUACCUUCUCCAAAAGAUAUUCCCAAUUGUAUUUGUGGUGCCAAGCGUACAUUUGAAUUUCAGGUCAUGCCACAGCUGUUAAAUUAUUUAUCCUUAGAUAGUGUACAAGACAGUGUUGAUUGGGGCACUUUGGCUGUGUACACUUGCUCCAAAUCAUGCGAUGAGGGAGUGAAAGGUUAUGUUAAAGAAUUUGUGUGGAAACAAGACUUUUCUGAUAAUUAUCAACAAUAAAAA